AUCUCGUUGACCUGAAUUUGUGAAAUUUUCCAUGAUGGCGCCAAAUCAAUGUACAAACUAUGGUUAUUUAUUCGUUAUAACUGACUGGGAAGAUCAAAAUUGACGAUUCGUUGGAAAAUUUGUAAAUCAAUUUAUCCAACAGAAACCCGUCCAGCUAAAUCAGAGAUCUCAAAACCUAUAAUGAUGUCAUGUAGUUUGUCUGCUGGAAAUUCUUAAAUACAUUAUAAAGGUUUGGCUUCUGCAGCCCACAGAGGAAAGGGAUGCCGCCAAAUAAAAGCAAACGUCCAUUCCGGGAUGAAAGUCCUGAACAAGAUGGUACUAAAAAGCCAAGACCGGAUACUGAGGAGGAUGAAGAUGACAAGGAGUUACAGGAUGGAGAUAAGAACAAAGCCAGCUGCAGUAAGUCUGGGGGAAAGGUGCUGCGUAGUCCCAGUGUGUCCUCCCACAACAAGCCUGCAGAGUUAUUCAGAAAAGACUUGAUCAGUGCCAUGAAGCUGGCCGACUCUGAGCCCCUCAAUGCAGACAAUUAUCACCCGAUCGCUGACCAGUGGAAGCAAGAUUGGGAGAAAGGUGUCCAGGUACCGGUAAACUCUGAGGCCAUUCCCACUGCCAACAUCAGUGAAAAGAGCUCUUGGACAAAGACUGGUGGGGACUUCAAAAUACCUCGAAAGUUCCUGCAUGCUAUAAAGGAUGAGAGUUUCCAGCAGAGUAUGCACGAGUUUACAGGGAUGCAGCAACUGUCCGAGUCUGUGGUCCGUUACGAUUUAGACGAUCUUGAUGUGUGCUGGCUGCAGAAGGCAAACGAGGAGAGAGAAGAAAAUGCUGAAACCCUUAUUCAUGAAUGGACAAUGGAAAGGAUAAUUGAGGCCUUGGAGAAUCAGUGCUAUGAGAAGAUGCAAAACAAAAAAAAGACAGAGGAAGGGCUUGGUAUUGAGUACGAUGAGGAUGUUGUGUGCGAAGUCUGUCGCUCGCCUGACAGUGAGGACAACAAUGAAAUGGUUUUCUGUGACGGCUGUGAUAUCUGUGUCCACCAGGCAUGCUAUGGCAUACAGAAGAUCCCUGAGGGGAGCUGGCUGUGUCGGGUGUGUGCCCUGGGCAUCAAACCCCGCUGCAUCCUCUGUCCCAAGAUUGGAGGCGCCAUGAAGAGUACACGAAGUGGGACCAAGUGGGCCCACGUGAGCUGUUCUCUCUGGAUCCCCGAAGUCACCAUUGGCUGUGUAGAGAAGAUGGAGCCCAUUACCAAAAUCUCACAAAUACCUGCUAGUCGAUGGGCUCUGAUCUGUUGUCUUUGUAAGGAGAGGACGGGAGCUUGUAUCCAGUGUUCGGUAAAAGCUUGUAAAACGGCAUUCCAUGUAACCUGUGCAUUUCAGUACAAACUUGAGAUGAGGACCAUUCUCACAGAAAACGAAAGUGACGAGGGCAUUAAACUUAAGGGUUAUUGUCCAAGACACAGCAAGAAUCGAGAGCAUGGGAGUGCUGACUCGGACACAGACUCUCCGAGAAAGAGCAUAUCUGGGUCUCCACGAAAGGAACUCACUGACGAAGAAAUUGCUAGAAUGAGGGCAGAAAAGUUAAAACAACUUGAGGAGGAGUUCUAUAGGGAGAUUGACACUGAUGAAAUAUCUAACACCCUGCAGGUGGAUCCUGGCACGAUAGAACACAUAGCAGCCUACUGGAAACUCAAACGCAAGACUAUGUUUGACACCCCGUUACUGAUGCCAAAGACGGAGGAAGAAGACAUGCUGGAGAAACAACAGGAGGACAGUCUCAUAGCGAGGAUGAAGAUGUUUGUACAAUUACGCCAGGACCUGGAGAGGGUGCGGAACCUUUGUUACAUGGUGGGUAAACGGGAAAAGAUGAAGAAACAAUUCUACAAACUGCGAGAGAAUGUGUUUAUGGGUCAAGUGAGUGUAUUGACAGAUAACAAACUGUCGUUAACAGAUCGUGAGGCAAAGAGAAUUGCAGAGAAAUACCAUCAUCACAGUAUCUACGACUGGAAGACUGUCGAAAAGUAUGGCUUCAAUCCUCCGCCCAUAGUUGAUGAGGAAAAGGAUGAAGACGAUCCUUUCCUUGUGUUGGACAUUCCUGAGGAACCCCUUCUUCUGAAUUUAAACGCAGCACCAGUAGGAUCUCUAUGUGAAGAAAUCCCAAAGAUAGACUUUGAAUGUAAACAAAAGUUUUCCCAAAGAACAGACAAAGUAUGUAAAAAGGUGUUCUCCCAGAGGAAGGCGAAGCAUGUUAAAAGGAAGUUGAUGAAAGCAGCAUUGACUGUAGAGCAAAAUGAUGAGGAAGAAAUUGAUGUUGUUUCUGACACUGGUCUUGUGAAAGACCCUCUGAAUGGUCUUGACAGUGUGUCAGAACCUGAGCAAGAGGUGACUGAGAAAUCACGUUGGCGCAGUCGACAUCGUCAGCAUAGUCAAAAAGUUGACGUCCAACAGGAAAAGGAAGAAGCUACUGACACUUACUCAGAUAAGGGUCCAGAUAGUGAAUUCAGAGAAAAACGUACAAGGGCCAGUUUCCAUGCCCCUGAAGAGGUGACAAACUCUAAAACAAAGACACCAGUGAAAGAGGAACAGGAGUCAACGUGUUGUAGUUUUAAUCUUAGUUCAGAAAUAGAGGUGAAAACUGAGAAAGUAGAUAAAGAGAGUGAAUGUGAUGUAGUUGAAGAGGUAGAGGAUAGUGGUACAUUAGUGGGCUCCAGGGAGCUCCGGAGUGCUUCUGUCAAGUCUGAGGCUUCACCAACACCAGAGGAACUGUCAAAACCAAAACCAAAUGGCAAGGUAUCUGACCGUGUGAAAUCCGAGCUGAACCAAUAUAUGAGGAUGAACAAACUAGUAGUUCCCGAUAAAAUAAAGAUGAAAGUGCAAAGAGGACUUUUUAGAGCGUCCUCCAAGUCUAGGUUAAAACAGUUAAACGGUUUGUUCGACCGUAAACAAACACGCCUCGAUAGUUUCUUUAAAAAUGGCAAGAAAACCGACAUUGCAGAGUCAGCGUUGAUAGACGAGUCGACAUCUGUGAAUGGACGAAAAUCAGAGUCGCGAGUGUUGAAUGAGAUAUCUCCCUCCAAAACUCGUCACUCAGGAAACAGCUGGUACGGUUCACCAGCCAUUUCUCCAAAAGGAUACAGAUCUCCUCCUGUGUCGCCGAGGAGCAGUCUCGGCAACUACAGGAUUCCCAAGAAAAGUAGUACUGGUGAUGGACAGAUUGUGUCUCGGGCAGGGGAAAGUAACUCUGUAACAGGUCUGAUGAACAGCUCUCCAAGGCCGGAAACACGGAGUUCACGGCGCCGUGGAGACAUUUUAGAUUCCAACAGUAGAGACAGUUUUAGUCGUCGUAGCAGCAGGGAAAAUUCGCCAGACAGUACAAUAAGUCUACAAAGUCGAGGCAGUACCUAUCGGGGGCUAGGGAGGGUAGGGGAUGGUGAUCGUGUGUUAACGAGGGCAAGCUCUCCAGCAUCGUCAUACAAAAGUCUUGAUCAUCACACAGACUACAUUGAUGUGGAAAACUUGUUCCAUGAGGCAGACAUUGCCCCAAAGCGUGUCACUAGAAGUCAAAUUAGUGACAGUGAAUGUUCACGAGAUUCUACAGACUCAUCUACAAGACGCUCCCUGUCUCAUGUUCGCAGUCUCAUGUCCUGACCAAGGCAGAGAUUGGCUCAUUGAAAUUAUCUCUGAUGAUAUUUUUUCAAUUGGCGGCUCAACUGAAGUUUUGCAUAAAAUUUGCAGUUUCAUUUAUGUAGGAAGAAGAUACUAGAGAAUCAUGUUCAAUAAUUAUUUCAAAUGUUUGUCAACUGUCCGAAAAUCUUCUUUCAAAAAAUCCACAUACAGUAGGUAUCAGUUUCAAUUUGAUAAUUGAUUUCCUCAAGGAAUCUAUAUGGCUAAAUAAGUCUUCUGAUUUAUAUUUGGAAACUACAAGCAAACAAAUUUUGUUUUUAAUUCGAAUUACAGCUGUUUCCCUUAUACAGUAAUGCUUCUUUAUUUUGCUUCUAUUUGUCAAGAGAAUUUGUUGGCAUUAUAAAAAAUUGAGGGAUAUUUUCAAAAGAACUUUUAAGAAAAAAAGAAUAAGGGACGUCAAAACUUGUUGGAGGUAGAAUUAUAUAUAUAAGCAAGAUAGCAAAUAAAACAAGGGACAUUUAAUAUAUCAAGGUUUUACUCUAUUUUUGAAUGUCCAGAAUUUUUCCAUCCAUUUACUUUUGUAUACCAAUCUUUUAUAAUGAAUAAUUGACAAUCGAUUCUGCAUGCUUUCUUUGAAAUCAUGAUUCCUGUGAGAGAGAAAACAACCAAAUUUAAAUUUUAAAGACUUAAUAAUCUAGUUGAUGAUCCAGAUAAUAAAUAUUAGAUUAACGUCUUUAAUGCAGAAAAUUUUAUUUUAAAAGUGUAAGUAUAAUUAUAUGAAGUGUCUGACAAAUUUCCAAUUUUAUUAUGGUAUUUAUAUUUCUACAAACUUGCACCAGAAAAGAUUUUUUAUUUAUGUAAGCAUGCUGGAAUUAUUUUAAGCCUUUAAGGUGAUCCAUGUCUGAAAUCUGUUGUUUUUUAACUGGCUUUAUAUAUACAUGUGUAUGUAGAGGUCACUAAAUCUGUCUGUGAUUUUGUGUGUAUUAGUGGAGAUUCAUUACCUCCAGUAUGGAACCUUGGAUUUCUAAAAAGGGGCAUUGUUCAAAACAAAUGGCUUUAAUUUUUAGAAUAGUGCAAAUACUGUAUGAUACUCCUCUUCAAAACCUGCCAUGUUUUGUUUUGUGUUAUAUAUAAUAGAAAUGAAAGUGUCCUUUCACAGAAUUAAAACGAGAUCUAAUAGGGUGGGGGAUGGGGUUAGUUAAGCUCUCUAUAUAUACAGUUAGUGGACUGUGCUUGUUCUACAUUGCAUUUGAAUUUCUUGAAGAAAGUAGGUGACAAAAAAACUGCAUCAAAGUUUGGUCCAACUUUGUUAAGUUUUUACCUAGCAAUAUUUUUUUUUAAAUAGUUAAUUUGAUCUGCAUUUAUAAAAAUAUGUUGGCUUAUCUGUUAUGGUUUUUUGGAGGGGGGAAUUCUACAAAUACAGAAAUUAAAGGUGUCAGAAGGAAAUUGGAAAUUAAAAUUUGAAAAUAUGAAAUGGCCCCAAUUGAUAUAUUCUGACCAGAAAAAAUAGGUUUGAAAUAUUGGUAUGACCAUUGUUUGCCUACCUAUAUCUAAGCUACCUACCAUAAUUUGAUGAGAGCUGUUGGUGGGAACAAUAAUUUGUUGUUGUGUGUAAUUCAAGCACAGCUUUCAACUGCUUACGUUACAGAUAGUUUACAUACCAGUAAGCUUGUAUAUCUGAUUUAUGGUGCAUAUACAUGUUACCAAUGGGAUGGCGUUUCAGUUCAAAUCUGAAAACUUAAUUUUAAUUUCAGUUGGACAUAUAACUGUUGGCCAUUGAGCCAGAAGUACAUAUACCAUGUAUAUGGGUACACUACGUUCUGAUUUACAUAGCUGUUGUCAUAGUAAGUUCAUUACAAGUUAGUUUAAGAAUAAUUGAUGUCAUAUUUGUGUGCUAUUUAUAGACCUCUUCAUCAACCACGCCCACAUUUACAUGUUGUAUUUAUAAUCAUGACAUGAACUCAUUACUAGAGAGUACUAGAAAACCGCAGGCAGCUGAGCGUGUGUUGGGGUCAGAUCUUCAAUCCCAAAAUGGGAAAAGGUUGAAUACUCGAAUUAUAUCUAGUCCCAGGUUAAUGGUUAAGGGAAGCUUUAAGGGGGAGGGUUUGUUGGGUGUCAUUAGCAGGGUGAAGGUGAAUUUUAUUUUUUUGAAUGAAAGAACAAAUUGAAAAAACUGACAUUUUAUUGUAAGUAUUAACUGACUUGUCAGAUCACAACUUCAUUGGGUAGUUGGAAACAAUUUCUGUUAAACACAUUUAUUUACAAAUUGUAGUUUUGAAAUCGGUGGAGGAAUUUCCACCAGUAGAUGUUUUUGAAGUAAUGAAGUAAAGAAAUAUAUAUUAAUCGGCCUGAUUUCUAUCAAAUGAAAAUAUUCAUUAAAAUUGUGAUUAAUUAUUUUUUGUAUUCUGAAAUUUAUUCCAAAAUUGUUAAUUUGUAUUAAUGAUAAGUUGCAUAUCUCUUGACUGUCAAUUGAUAUUGCAAUAAUUAUUAAGAGUCAUUAUAACAAAAUUGUUUCAGGGGAGGUAAUUCAUUAUUUUUUGAAGAAGAUCAUGGGUCAAAUAUUAAAGUACUAAAAAUAGUCUGUCAGUUUUGAUUGAUUAUUUUAAGAUUGAAUUGCUGUUCCAUCCUAUUAAAAUGUCGGUGUAAAUACUAUAGAAGAUCUGCCAUAGAUGUAUGUAUAUAGCAUAUAUGGAAAUUAAUUUUAUGAUAAAGAAAAUCUAUAAAAAAUAAAUGCUGUGCCAAUAUGA